CCAUCAUUGUUGCUGCUCAUCAUUGUGGCUGCACACAAACACACACACACAUAUGGUACAAUCUUUUAUUUAAUGGCAGCAGAAUGAAUGAAUGAAACUUUAUUUGAGUCAGCCAUAGCAACAAAAGAACAUUGCGGUAUAAACAAGAAAACAAACAAUGAUCACACCCCAUCAUAGCAAAGCAAAAGUUUAUAGGCUUAUAGGCAAAAGCUAAACAGAAAAGCAAAUAUCUCCAUCUAUGAAGGACUAUACCCUGUCCAAAUUUCAGCAACACAGGAUUCACACUGGUUUGCACUGAUUAUUCAAGGGAUGGUAGCAACCAAAGGUUGUAUAAUUGGCUAAUAACAUUUCUAAUUCCUAGACUGAUAAAAGAUUAUAAAGCAGGUGUGUUUUUUUACAAAAAGAUCUUCAACACUUCAUCCUGUUUUCUUUAAUUUUAUUCAAUCAGGAAGCCUUGACACAGUACAUUGCAACUUUCCUAACCAUGAAAUGUUCCAUCAGGUAUCUUCUGCCCCUCUUUUCAAGUACAAAAUGUGCUCUCAGCACAUGGUAUUGACUGUAAUGUACUUUUUGUAUUUCCGUGUUACAGGAAAAUGGCAUCUAUAUGAAUGUAUGAAAUGUGAAUAAAAAUCUAAUGCAGAGGCUUAUAAUUUCUUAUUUUAUGCUCGUAACUAUUAUGUACUUAACUAAUACCUGGGGACAAACCAUAUAUACAAUUUGUUUAUUAAGGGUACUAAAUUUUCCUUCUAAAAGCAAAAUUUCAGAAAGAUACUUGCAUUAAUUUUCCCACAAGGGUAACCAGUAUGGUUUGGGGAUCACUUGCAUUUUCCGUUUGUUUGUUUUUUGGGGUUUUUUACUAUUUGGAAAUUCCUAAAAAUGGCUGUGGCAUGCUAUUUCUAAGAGAAGUGAACAAACUAUUCAGACAUGGUAACCAUUUUAUACUGGUUUUAAACCAAUAGGUCCAGUGACUCUUGUCUUGGACACCCUUACAUUUAGAUUUCAAGGUGGAAACAUAAAAAAAAAAAAAACAGGUGAAGAAAUUUGCAAGCAAGUUUUUCCCUUUUGAUGGCAAUGAAUCCUGCCAGAAUUCCAGAGAAUAACUGCAGGGGUGCAGCCAUUGGUGUUUUGAGGUCUGUAAAUCAGCUGUCAAAUCCAUUUCAUCCUCAAAGGUGUCUAGCACAACAAGCAAACAAAAAUUCUGGGCCCAUUUGCCCACAAAUUGUCAGUGUUCUUACCUAAGGGUACCAUAUCUAUGUCUAUGUCUAUGUCUAUGUCUAUGUCUAUGUCUAUGUCUAUGUCUAUGUCUAUGUCUAUGUCUAUGUCUAUCUAUGUGGAGAGAGAGAGAGAGAGAGAGAGAGAGAGAGAGAGAGCCGUAAAGGAGAUUAAGCAAUUGCUUAUUCCUAGGAAAGGAAUAUGUUCUAAUUCAGGGAUCAACUGAUCAAACCCUUACUAGCAAAUUUGUGGGGGAAAUCUGAAGCCUCCCAUAUUAAAUACCUUCUGAAGGAUAGGUCAAAUGAUAUUGCACUGACCAUGGCAAAGUCUCUUUCAGAGGUUGCAAGAAACAAAGACCAUCAUGCUCUAGACAUGAUUGGGCCGACCCUAUCAAUGGAGGAGUGGCUAAUAUAGAGUUGCACCAUAUGCUAGCUGGUAAAAAAGCCUCCAGUUGAGAAGACCAGGAUUGGCAGGGAAAGGCAGUGGUUAGAGCAUGGAUACCCAGCAUGAGAACUGACAUGUUCCCAAAAAAACAGCUCUCUAUUUUGAAACGUGAAACGUUGGAAGCUACAUGAGAUGUAGCAUUUGUAUAAAGCAAUUUACCAUCACUUCCAGGACAUCAUAUUGCUAUCCUCAGAACCACACUGGAAGGUAGGUCACUAUGAUUAAACCCAUCUUGCAGGUGGAGAGAGAAUGUAGUCUGUCUAGGGCCACCUAUGCAAUCAUGCCAGAUGAGGACUUCCAGAUUCAUAGCUCAAUCACUUCCCUUAUUUGGAAUUCUAGACCUAUCGUCCCACCAAAUAACCCACAUUAAUUUAUCGUCAGAAUGCAACCCUAAACCAUUCUCUGCUGCAAGCAGAGAUAUUUCAUCAUCUCUACUCCCAACUGUCAACAGCUUCCUGGAACCUUCAGACAUCCAUCCUCUGAUUGGCUCUCACCACACUGCCAUAGUUCUGAAUGCUUUGUUCCAAUAUAAAGGAGGACUUGGCUCAGUUCCUCUCUCCUCACAAUUAAGAGAACGCUACUGUAAGUUUGUGAACUCUUGCCUACUCAUCCUCAAAUGCUAAUCUGCUUAAUACUCCUCACAGCCAGGUAGGGAGGCUGCCUAUAGACAGAUUCCACCUGUAGCCGGUUCUGUGGUUAUUUAUAUAAUCAAUGACACUGGGCUCAAUAGCUCCUGUACUAGAUCCUUCAGGAAUUUCAGCAAAUAUUAAAAGGGUCAGUGCAAGAGGACUAAUAUGACUCCCUGCCAUGAUUAUCUCACUGCCAAUGAUUUGGUGAUGGCCAGUGGUGCUCUGAUAAUCUGUAAAGUCAUGAAAUACAAAUUUAAUAAAUAAAUCAUAUUAAGAAUAAUUCAUCAUGGCAGAUCCUUCCCUGUAUUCCCAAGGAGAAUUCAAAAAGUCAGGCAGCAAUGCUCAGUUUAGUAGGAUCUGCAUGUCUGUACUCCUGUGAGCCUUCAACUACUAUACAACAAUAAGCUUUAUCAAAAGAUCUUCAGCCAAAGGAAAUGCAACUUUUAGCUUUUAAUUAGAAGUGCAAACAAUACUGCAAAGUAGUGUUAAAAUUUAAGCAGCUAGUGUGAAGAAGAAGAAACCCCGUCAAAGAUCAAGUAAAAACCAAACAUUUACUUGAUUAUUUUCCAUAUUCCAACUUCCUCUAAGCUAAUGUGUCACAAACUUUACCAGCUCGUUCACCAGGCAGAGCAAGGAAGGUCCAUCAGUUAUCCUAAUGCAUCCAACAAAUGUCAUAAUUACUCCUGCUGUAUCGAUCUAGUGCUUGGAGCAAAUCGGAAACACUAUCUUGUUCCCCAACAGGUGAGCCUUAUUUUCUGACUGCUACAGAAGAAAACAUGAUUAAAAAUAAGAAGCUUGUCAAUGCAGCAUUAAGGAGACGGGUGAGCUUGGAGGACUUUGUCCAAACAAUGAGGUUUAUGGGAAAUCUAAGUUGAUGCAUAAAUCUUUUCCAGACUUCCAAAAGGUACCCCAUAGUACUUUGGGUUUGAUGCAGAAUUUGUCGUUCUAAGGGUGCAAACCUAUGCACAAGAACUUGGUGUUAGCUGAAUGGGCUUAAGAUCCAUACAAAGUCUCCCCAUUCUGGUCCUGCCCUCACCAUGACCCCAGAAUGCAUUCAUUCAUUCAUUCAUUCAUUCAAUCACUCAUUCAUUCAAUUUAAACCAACCUCAACUCAUCCAGCUUCGGCUCAGAAUUUGUCGUUCUUAGAGUACUGUCGUACCAAUGAACAGCUUUCAUUGUUCUUUCUCUAUGCAUGGAUCCAAGGCAAUACAUUAUAUUAAUUAUAUAUUAAAUCUCUAUGAUUAAUUAAUAUGUUGAUAUAGUAUAACAAAGAACUGAUAAGACAGUAUAUUAAGGUAUAAUAGCAUUAGGAUAUAAUAGAUUAUUCAUUAUAUUAUUACAAUAUCCUCCCCUGCCCUAUUAUGUAUUACUAUUAAUAGUAAUCAAUUCAUAUCAUCAUUUUAUUCAUGCAAUGUAAUGCAAUGUGUUAUUUAAUAUGUUUCCGUGUUAACCUCCAUUAUGUAAAUUAUAAUUUACAAAAUCAAAAUCCUGAGCUAAGCGAUUUCGUAGGAAUGUCAUAACCAAGAAACAAUGGAGCAGCAGAAUAGAUGUACAGCUAACAGCUGUGGCAGGGUGUGUGUGGGGGAUUUGCUGCAUGCUGAGCAAACAUCAGAGUGGGUCCUGGGAUAGCUGGGGAGAGAAUUUGAUCAGCAAAGUGCCAACAAAGAGAAGCCUUUUCCCUUAAUAAAUAUCUGCCUCAUUCCAGUCUUUCACCUGUGCCUAUCUUACACCAAGCAGGGAGUUGGACUGGAUGAUGAUCACGUUCAGCUCUAUCUCUAUGGAUGGUUUUGGCUGCCAGUAGUGUUGUACUGGCAGCUUCUGUUGUAUUGGCUCUGUUGUACAAAGUCACCCAGCUACAAGGUAGUGGUGAAGCUUGAACUAACCACAAGGUAGGAUGCCAUAACCUAUCCAUAUUGCACAGACCACACAUCUGCUCAGGGUGUGAACCAGAACAGUUUCAAUUUCCCAGUAUUUUGGAGCUUGAGUGAACAUGGGAAGCCCUUCAAAAAUGUUUUUUUGUUUGCUUUUUUGUUAAUUGAAUAUAAAUAGAUUCCAGGUACCAAAUUUUGCAGAGUGAGAAACAGAGAAGACAAAUUGAGAAAUUUGAAAAUUUGAACAAGUGGGUAGGGUAAGAUGGGGUGGUGACAAGGAACAUGUGGAUUCUCGUUUCCAACUAAAUGUGGUCCCAUUUGGUAUCUGGAUCUCAUAUUUCCAGUAUUUACAGUGUAUUAAGGAGUAUUUCCAGGAACAUCCAUGAUUCCUGGGGGCAUGAUGGGAGUUGCAAUGGACCUUGAUGAUCCAAGUGGGGAGAAACACGAGAAAUAAACUAGUAAUAUGCCAAUUAUGACUUGGGUGCUUCCAGCAAGAUACCAGAAACAAUGUGCUCUCAGUGUUAGGAUGUAGAGGAACAGUGUGGUAGACACUAGUCCUAUUCAUGUGUCGUUAAAUAGGUGUAGGGCAAUCCCGGGUGCAUCAGGGAGUGGCACUGUGCCUCUUCCCCCAGUGCUACAUCUAUCCCUGUGCUCCUGAUGUCCACACAGAGUGCUGACAUCUGAAACAUGGGAUCCACACAAUCAGAGAACCCAAUGGCACAGAAAGUACGCCUGCAAGCUUGUGGAACUUCUAUAUCAUGGGUAGGCAAACUAAGGCCCAGGGGCUGGAUCUGGCCCAAUUGAUUUCUAAAUCCGGAUCGCGGAUGGGAAUCAGCAUGUUUUUACAUGAGUAGAAUGUUUCCUUUUAUUUAAAAUGCAUCUCUGGGUUAUUUGUGGAGCAGAGGAAUUUGUUCACCCCCCAAAAAAUAGCCCGCCCCCCCCACAAGGUCUGAGGGACAGUAGGCCGGCCCCCUGCUGAAAAAGUUUGCUGACCCCUGUUAUAUGUCAGAAGCUGUCCAUAUGUAUUUUGCCCUGUCCAUUCUCAUCACAGUAUAUGCUGCUCCUUUCUGUAGGACCUGUCAAAGAUGCUUAUUUGGGUUUCACUGGCUUCCUGCCUCCUAUCACAGCAUGACGGUUUCAGCAUGGGGGUACUCUUCUCUACAUCUAUGGUAAGAUGGUAUGCAGUGGAGAUGGCUUUUUAACACAGGGGUUAAAGUAGGGCUGGGGGUGUUUUGCUCUGUUAAGGGACACAUUUUGUCCAGGGUAAUUUGAUGGUAGGGGUGAAAGGAUCUUCCAGUUUCAGUUUCAACAGUUUCUCAUUUUCCCACUCUUAGAUUUGCUCUCCCACCUUUCUGUAGCAAGAUGCUGAUUUUUGUGUGAAAAGAAAACUCUUUAAUAUUUCUUCUAAUAAUCUUUCUCAUUUUUUGUCUUACGUUUUGACUACUGUAUAGAUUUGUGCAAGCAAUUUCUCCUUAAUAUAAUCCAUUUUUUGACUGUUACAUUUAAUAGUGGAUUCAUUUUAUGCACGCUUUUACUCUGUUUUUGUUGUUGUUUAGUUGUCAUAGUCGUUCGACUCUCCAUGACCCCAUGAACCAGAGCAUGCCUUGGAAACUCUCACUUUCUUCUCAAAGCUUCUCCUUUUUUAUGUCCAUGGAGUUUGCUUGUCAAAAUACUGGAAUGGAUUACCAGUUCCUUCUCUAGGUGGAUCACAUUUAGUCUAAACUCUCAGCUAUGACCUGUCCAUCUAGGGUGGCCCUGCACGGCAUAGCUCACAGCUUCUCUGAGUUAUUCAAACCCCUUCACCACGACAAGCCAGUGAUUCAUGAAGCGGUUUACUCUGUUACUUUACAAUAAAUUUGCUUUUGCAGAGAGAGGGUGGGGAUUCCUCUUUUCUAAAGCUUCAUGGGUAUAUAUGAGCUCAACAAGACGGGAAUUUCAUGCCACCAAAACCUCUUUCUCUCUGGCCCUUGGGAAGUCACUAGGUGAAUCCUCUCAUCAGUCCUGCCUCACAUUUCCUUUUGCCAGGCUGGAACUGUUGCAAUGCCUCCUUGCUUGCUAGAAUGGAUAAUCUCUUAGAGCAAUCAAAUGAAACUUUAACACAAGGCAUGAUAAAAUCUGACUGCCAGAAUGCAGCCCCUGAAAGGCUGCUUAUUGCAGGAUGUGACUUAUGGGAUGAUAAAGGUCCCCAGCCCUGCUCUAGAAGACCUCAAUCUCUGACUAGGGUGGGGGUUUCAUCUGGCCCCUGCUGCGCAUGCAUGCAAAUCUUCACGUACAUGGAUGCACAGUGAAAACGCACGGCUUCCAUUCCAUUUCACCCCAUAUCCCUCCCAACUGCUCCACUGUAAUUCAAACACCACCACUGGAUUCACCUGUGUUGUAGGUGACCUAUAAUUUGUAAGCUACGUCGAUUUUUAGUCUGAGCCUUUAAAAAAAUAUUCUGUAUAAAAAAUUGAGGGACCAUUAUGGUCAAGUUAUGAAUGCAACCCGCAUCAGAAGCAGGUGCAUGACGGGCUGUUUCUGAAUAAAUGAACAAACAAGGGCCUGCAGAGCAUAAUAAUAAUAAUAAUAAUAAUAAUAAUAAUAAUAAUAAUAAUUUAUUAUUUAUACCCCGCCCAUCUGGCUGUGUUUCCCCAGCCACUCUGGGCAGCUCCCAAUCAAAUGUUAAAAACAGUACAGCAUUAAAUAUUAAAAACUUCCCUAAACACGGCUGCCUUCAGAUGUCUUUUAAAGAUAGGAUAGCUGCUUAUUUCCUUCACAUCUGAAGGGAGGGUGUUCCACAGGGUGGGCACCACUAUCGAGAAGGCCCUCUGUCUGGUUCCCUGUAACCUCACUUCUCGCAAUGAAGGAACCACCAGAAGGCCCUCGGCCCUGGAUCGCAGUGUCCGGGCUGGACGAUGGGGGUGGAGACGCUGCUUCAGGUAUACAGGACCGAGGCUGUUUAGGGCAUUAAAGGUCAGCACCAACACUUUGAAUUGUGCUCUUAAACGUACUGGGAGCCAAUGCAGAUCUCUCAGGACUGGUGUUAUGUGGUCCCAGCAGCCACUCCCAGUCACCAGUCUAGCUGCCACAUUCUGGAUUAGUUGCAGUUCCCGGGUCACCUUCAAAGGUAGCCCCAUGUAGAGCGCAUUGCAGUAGUCCAAGCGGGAGAUAACUAGAGCAUGCACCACUCUGGUGAGACAGGCAGGUAAGGUCUUAGCCUACGUACCAGGUGGAGCUAGUAGACAGCCACCCUGGACACAGAAUUAACCUGCACCUCCAUGGACAGCUGUGAGUCCAAAAUGACUCCCAGGCUGUGCACCUGGUCCUUCAGGGGCACAGUUACCCCAUUCAGGACCAGGGAAUCCCCCACACCCGCCCGCCCCCAUUAUCAUUAUUAUUAUUAUUAAAUGUAUACUUCCCUUCAUUUGUAGAUCUCAGGGCAUACCUGUAAACAUACAAGAUAAAACUAGCUCCCCUUAGAGCUUGUCCUUGGGGAUUCUUCCAUCUCCCAUUCUGUGGACAGAACUAAGCCAGCAUAGACGUCGCUGAGACAAGAGUGUGAACAUGCUGGGAAUGUGGGCUUGGCUGACUGGCCGUGCUCUUGAGGGUUUCGUACAACUCUGGUGCUCUUAGCUUUUCCUGUCACGUAAUCUGUUAGAGGGGUCCUAAUCCUGAACGUUAUGUGUUUCUCUCACAGGACAUUCGGGAGUUUUUUAACUUAACAGAAUAUACUGAGGUGCAGGUCGAAAUUUCUGAGAUAAGCCUGGUCGCAACUGAAAUGACGUUCUUGUUGUUUGGAAACAUUGCUGGGGCCCUUGUUGUUGGCUGGUUGGUGGAGAGAUUUGGCAGGUAUAAAGAUAAACACGUGACAGGUAAACUACACUAGUCCUGCUUUCCUGCUUUGCAGGGGGUUGGACUAGAUGACUCUUGGGUCCCUUCAAACUCUGCAAUUCUAUGAUUCUAGGAUUGUCAUUGUGGUGGUGGUGCUGCUGACCUACAUGCACCCCCCCCCAGUAACAUCAAAUAAAAGAUACAAUGUCAUCACUAUUGCUGGUUUCAUUCCCCGUGCCCAGGACAUUCAACCACAUGUAAAGGGAAAUGCAGGAGGGAAAUUCAGUGAUGUCAGAUCACCUUCCCCUAUUACUAGCCAUUUCGGAGAGGGAUGUGGCAGGGAAAGAAAGAGUAUGAUCUAAUGAGGUGCCUCAAAUCCUAUUUGAUGACCAUUAGUCAGGUAAUGAAACUUUGUUUUUAAGAAGGUGGGAAGACACCCUCCAGAUACAAGAUAAUCCUACCAGUGUGGUUUUAAAUAAUGAUGUAUCCGGCGUAAGACCUAAUAUGAGUGUGCAGAUUUUCUAGUAUGCCAAUGGGGAAACGGCCAUGUCAGUUGUAGAGCAUAUGUUUCCAUGCAGAAUAUUUCAUGCUCUUUCAUCACUGUCCUCCAAAUAAGAGAAUUUACCUAGCAUGGCAGGAUAUUAUAUAUAUAUAUAUAUAUAUAUAUAUAUAUAUAUAUAUAUAUGACUUUGAGCAAUGUCUCCUGAAAUUUGUAGGUGGGGGGGGGGAGGGUUCCUGGGCAAUUUUACCAGGCUUGGCAGUGGGAACUUCAGUGCCUUGGGUACUUUUUGUCUGUUUUCAAAACUAGCAAAACCAAAAGAAAUUAUCCCCCAAACAUUAUUGACUGUAUUACAAUUCCAUAGUUUUUCUCAAUUGUCUGAUCUUUUGAUUGUACCUUACAUUCCCUGGUAUCACACCCCCAAUCCCCUUUUACUGUCUUUACAGGAAAGGUGCGUUAGUGAUAACUAACUUUUUAUCCAUUACCUCUUCUGUGGUAUUGCUUUUUUCGCGUAAGUUUAGAUUCUAUGGAUGCAUACUCUUCACCUUCUUCUAUAGUGGAAUAUGUUCAGGUGAGUCAGGGUCCUGGAUUCAACAUCUUGCUUUUUUAAAAAAGAAAAGCAAAAGAAGCCCCGUUGCAAGGUCGUUAUUUCUACCCUGUCCGUCUGGCUGGGUUUCCCCAGUCACUCUGGGCAGCUUCCAGCAGAAGGUUAAAAAUACAUUAAGACAUCAGUCAUUAAAAGCUUCCCUAAACAGGGCUGCCUUCAGAUGUCUUCUAAAUGUCAUAUAGUUGUUUAUUAAGGGGUGAUAAGAUUAACUCAGACAACGAUCUGGUUUAAAAAUGGCCACAAUUUUAUUGGCUACAGAUGUAGGUGGAACUUUGGCUCAGGCAUUGGGCAUACUGUUAUAUCCGUUCCAGCCUCCUGCAGGAAGGAUGAAACCAUUUCAGGGUUUCGGCAACCAGUCCAAUAAGACAGGACUCCAUCCACGAUCUGAUAUCCACAAUCUUCAGUCUUUGGUCUACUUCUUCCUCUGGCUCUUCUGCCAACUGCGCUGAGCGUGUUCAGUGUAGCUGGCUUAAAUGCAUCAUCAUAUUUAUGGUGUCUAAUGCUCUGGCUUUGGCAAGGAGCAUGGGAAAGAAAUUUUCAGAGUUGAGAGGCAGCAGCUGAGAACACCUUUCUGUGUUCAUGCGGGGCUCAAUUUUGCUUACAAGUGGGCAAAAUCUUCAUAUCUAUGGUGUCAAAUGCCAUCUCACCUUGCAGUUUGACCCACUGGCCAUACAUACAAGUUGUGAAGGACAGAAUGGCAUUUUGCAGAAGCCCACAGGGGACAUCAUGACAUCAUAGGAAUCUGCCUAUGCUCUGUAGGUAGAUUUUGCUCUAUAAGAUGCACUUUUUCCCUCCUAAAAAGUAAGGGGAAAUGUGUGUGCAUCUUAUGGAGCGAAUGCAGACUGCCCUGCUAUCUCAGAAGCCAGAACAGUGAGAGGGAUCACUGCGCAGCGCUCCCUCUUGCUGUUCUAGCUUCUGGCUUAGCCCCUCAGUCCCUUCCCCCACCUCCCGGAAAAGCCCCCAAGAGCCAUGCUCCCUUUAAAGAGCCGUCAGUGAUGGGCUGCUCUCCUCCCUCCUUGGGGAAAAGCCUGCAAGCGCUGCACACACGCUCCACGCAGCUCGUGAGAGGAAGCACUGAGCAGAGCCUGGGAUGCAUACAGGUUCUGCUCGGUGCUCUCUUUAAAGAAUUUUUUCCCCUUGCAUUCCCCCUCUAAUAAAUAGGUGUGUCUUGUGGUCAGGUGCAUCUUAUGCAGCAAAAAUGUGACUCGCUGUGCCAUGCAGAUAUGCCUAUGCAUUUCUGCACAUCACAUCAUGUGCAUAUUGUGAAGUAUCCCUUGAAAUCAUACACUUGUUUAUACAUUUAUGCACAUUAUGCCACACACUCAUUGUGAAUUGUGCUUUAAUUUAUCACCGAACCAGGAAUAAUCUUCGGUGUUGUCCCUCUGUAUCUUCUUGAGAUUUCCCCUAAAAGCCUGAGGGGAGGCAUAACCAUGAUGCAUCAUCUGUUUUCUUCUCUCGGUUAUCUGUUGUUUGAGAUACUUGCUCUUCAGCAACUUCUUGGGGACCCACAAGGUAAUUCAAAAGAAUUAAUAUUUUGGCUUAAAGCAUAUAAAAUGUUCCAGCACAGUUCCCCCCCGUAUUAUCACCACACUAUCUCCUUGCUUAGGUCUCCCAAUUCUGGCAACCUUUCCUGUAAUCAUGCCGGUACUUCAGAGUUUCGUGCUGCCCUACCUUCCUGAAAGUCCUAGGUAUCUUUUCAUCCAGAGGAAGGAUGUAGUGAGUGCAAGACAAGGUACAAUAUUCUGAUUUGUACAGUUUCUAUUAAUCUUCUUAAUAUAGAGUUAUCAACAACCAUUCUGUAACAAAGCAGAUACACGUGAGGUGGAAUCCAAUACUAGUCCUGCUCAGAACAGAUCUAAUGAAGUAAAUAAACAUGACUAACCUAGGUACAUUGAUUUCAAUAGGUUUACUCUGAAUAGGAUUUAAACUACAACCCGUUGCCAUGAACCACAUGGAGAUGUUGUGGCAGGGCUGCUCACAGGGAGAGGAGGAAUGGGAUCUGCUCUCUGUGUCUGUUGCUGGGAAGCAGUCUGCUUGGAGACAUUUGUACUCCACUGGUGUUGGACAUCCUAGCGGAGGAGGGACAGAUUGCUCCAGCAACCAGAGAUACACAAAACUUGAGUUGGACAGUGAGCUGGCCAUACAGAUUCAGGCCCAGUGUCCAAGGACACACUGUCAGAUGCACUGCAACAAACAGACUCAGCCUACUUAUUGAAGUGCCCUCUUGUUUGCCCAUCACUUGGAACAAGAACUAUUCAAAUGACUGUGCCCACCCAGUUCUUCAAAAUGAGAGCCAAGGGGCCCUGGCAGGCAUUCAGACAAUGUCUUAGCUUAUGCCUAGCCAUGUACUUUAAUUAUUAUUCGUUUUUUUAUAUGACAAAACAGAUAAAGAGGGAAACAUACGUCUAUUGCUUCCAAUUUCAAUUCAUAGUCUUUUUCACAGUUCAUUUACAUAUAGUGAGAAACACUUUUGUCAUAGACAUCUUGCAUUUGGGGAAAAGGGAGGGGGAGAGAGAUGUGGGGUUUUUUUGUUCUAUUGCUUAUUUUUAGUUUAGUAGGUUUGUGUCAGCAUCAUAUGGGUAGGUCCUUUGUUUAUGUAUUUCAUUUUAUUGUUAAAGUGAGAGAUUAGGGGCCCCCGAGCUUGGUUAGCUGCAUUCAGUUGACUCCAGUGUAGCUUGUUUGUUGAGGGAGGAGCGUUGGUUGCUGGGUCAGGUUAGCCAUAGUGAUUCAUAUGCUGUUGGGGAAGUUUCCUCCUUUGACGUCUAAUCCUUUCUAAUCCAGCACUGAAGAAGCUAAGAGAAAGAGAUGAUGUGGAGGAUGAGAUUCAAGAGCUGAAGCUGGAGGACAUCACUGAGAAGCAAGAAAAGAAUAUGAAUCCUCUAAAACUGCUGAGGACCCCAAGCCUACGACGAGAAGUGUUCCCCAUAGUUGCCUUGAUUGGUGGAGAACACCUCAAUGCCCUCAAUUCGGUAAGGAAAGCAAGAUCCUAAGAUGUUAGGAGGGUGAGCCUGGUAAAAUGAGGGUCCAUUUCAAACCAAGUUCAGAGGCACCAGUUAUCACUUUUUGUCUCGAGGAAUGCCCUAGAUCUUUUCACCAAGGGAGCUGUUUUGUUCUCAGGAUUCUAUUCCAGGGACCGGGACUAUCCAACCACCCUACUCAGAAAUCUGUGGCCCAGCCAGUGUUGUUGGACUCCAGUUCCCAUCACCUCCAGCCAGCAUGGCUAAUGAUUAGGAAUCACUCACUCACUCGCUCGCUUUAUUUGUUAAAUCCAUGCUCAAGGCAGCUUACAAUUUAUAAAAUAAUACAACUUAUAAAAUAAUACAUAACAACAUAUAUAACAGAAGCAGUCAUCAACAAUAAUGGGUGGAAUAAUGGGUGGAUUUGUCCAAAAACAUUUGGGCGUCUCUUCCAUCAUGAAUGGUCGUGUUCUCCUGGAAACAUGGGUGUCAAUAAAAAAAAUUGGGAUGGGGCAAGUAAUCCCUGCCCCAAACAAAUGAUAAAUUCUGCUCAGUAUUUCCCUGUAUCUGUGUGAAGGCAUUGACUGUCCCAAGAUCACCCAGUGAGCUUGAUGGCCAAGUGGGGAUUUGAACCCUUGUCUCCCAGGUUCUAGUCUAACCACUCUAACCACUACACCACACUGGGUCGCAAGCAACCUGGAAGUAGUUUAUCUUCUAGACUAAGAGCAGCUGACAUACAAGGUUCAGUCCAAAAAGAGAGAGAGAAAGAACAUUGCAGAAUCAAAACAGUGAGUUCAACAUCCUGUUUCUCACAUUAGCCCAAAGCGGAAUCUUCAAUUUCUAAUAACCUUAAGUGACCACCAGUUGUUUCUUCCAGUCACUCAACGCUUUCCAUUGUGUUGGUCUGAUUUCAGGCAUACUAUUACUCAGCAAGAAUCUACCUGGCUAUGGGAGUAGAAAUAGAUAGCAUCCAGCUGACUGUUAUAGGCGGAAUUGCUUUUUAUUGCUGUGCAACCGCAUUUACGGUAAGCCUCCCCAGAUUUUUAUUCUCUUGCUUUCUAAUUCUUGAAAAUCAGUCUUCUUAAAAGGACCGGUCUUUGCUGUGACUGUUUACAUCCCUUCCAUGGCUAUUUAUGGUGCAACAGCUCCCUCCGCCCUCAAUAAAUCAUGGGAAUUGUAGGUCUAUGAAGGUUCCCUCAUUCUUCUUUGUAAGAGAACUCCAUAGAUUUAAAUGCGGUUCAUGGAAACUGCCAAUUGACUGAAGCAGGUUAUUAUUGUUAUUUUUAAAAAGAAAAGUCCCUUUUCAAAUUUGUUUUAAUAUGUUUGAUGUUAUUAUUUUUUCUUCACUUGAGAUAGAAAAGAAAACUCACAUCCUUCUAUCAUAGAACUGCAGUUCCCAAGAUCCUUUGAGAAAGCAGAAGGGAGCAAUCCUAUACAGAAGAAGCUGGUGUAGAGCAAGCCAGUGUACAUUUACAUGGUGUCAAAGUACAUGACAUCCAAUUUUAGGGUUGCUGCUGCUCUGCUUAACCAUGGCAGAGGGGAAACUGCAAUGCGCUCUACGUGGGGCUACCUUGGAAGGUGACCCAGAAACUACAACUAAUCCAGAAUACAGCAGCUAGACUGGUUACUGAGAGUAGUCACCGGGACCAUAUAACACAGGUUCUAAAGGAUCUUCAUUGGCUCCCAGUGCAUUUCUGAGCACAAUUCAAAGUGUUGGCACUGACCUUUAAAGCCCUAAAUGGCCUCAGCCCAGUAUACCUGAAGGAGCGUCUUCUCCCCCAUCGUUCAGUCCAGACAUUGAGAUCCUCUUCCAAGGGUCUUCCACUGGCUCCCUCACUGUGAGAAGUGAGGUUACCGGGAACGAGGCAGAGGGCCUUCUUGGUAGAGUCACCCUCCCUGUGGAACACCCUCCAUUCAGAUGUCAAGGAAACAAAAAACUAUCUGACUUUUAGAAGACAUCUGAAGGCUUCCCUGUAUUGGGAAGUUUUCAAUGUUUGAUGUUUUAGUAUGUUCUGAUAUGUGCUGUGAGCUGCCCAGAGUGGCUGGGGAAACUCAGUCAUAUGGGUGGGGUAUAAAUAAUAAAAUGUUGUUGUUGUUAAACAAGCCUUUAAAAUAGCACUCUACACCACAUUGCCAGGUCACGUGACUGGGCUGAAUGUGCUUAAGUCAUCACUCUCUGGUCCCAUCCCUGCCACACACCCAGAAUAUCCCCUUUUUUGGAACUUACACUGCCCCCUGUUCUGCCAACUUAUAUCAUUGGCUGAGCUGGGGUUGGAUAACUGAGGCCAGGGGACCCAAUGCAUCCUAAGCUGAGCCUGGGAUGCAGUUGUUACCUCAUGAGCCUGGGAUGCAGUUGUUACCUAAAGACUGCUAGCUAAGAUAUCUCUGUACACCUCUACCAUGUGUCCCCUUGCUUUGCUCCCCCGCCCCAAACGAAUCUCCUGCCCUGAUGUUCAACUCUUUCCAAACCGGGGAGUUACUUCAUAGAAUCACAGCAUUGGAAAGGAUCCUGAGUCUAGUCCAACAUCCUGCAAUGCAGAAAUAUGCAGUUGUCCCAUAUGGGGAUCAAACCUGCAACCUUGCUGUUAUCAGCACCAUACUUUAAGCAACUGAACUAUUUGACCUUAUAAUCAUGGCUGGACUCUUCUACACCUUUUCCAAUACUGUGAUAUUGUUGUUGUGAAAAUUUUGUCUAAUGGCAUUAUUACUUCAGGAGUUUUAUCUUCAGUCUCCUCCCUGUUGAUCCCUUACAGAGAAUUCACUUUUUUUCACAGCUGUCAUGUGCUGGGGACAACAUUUUCCUUGAGCUGCCCACCGUGUAGUGGGGAGAUUUUAGUGGGGAGAAUUGCCCCAAUAUGCAUCGUUUAUGCUUUCUUAUACUGACACUCUCAAAGAAAUCCAAAAGUGUCAUUAGCAGGGAGAGAAACCAAGCUAGGAUUUCUUCAGCAUGACUUGUUCGUAUAUAUGCUUUUAAUUUUAUCUUUAAUAGUGCUUUCUGCCAGCUGUACAGGUAAAGGCAUAAGCUAACUAGCUUGUAGCUAAGAAGAUAUUUUUCUUUCUCUUUAUACUCUUUAGGUCUAUCUCACUGAUUCCAAGGGGCACAGGUUGAUGCUUCUCAUUGGAUUUGGAAUGAGUAUCAUUUCCUGUGUUCUGUUAACCCUGAGCCUGGAACUACAGGUUUGUGAUUGGUGGCAUUUGGAACUGAGAAUGACUAAGGGUUCUGCUCUUUGCCUCUGUUCCUUCCUCUGUAACAGCUCCAAAGUACUGGGCAAGUAGGCAGUAGAUGUGACAGAACAUUUAUUUUCUUGAAAUAUUUUCCAUUUUCUGAUCUUCCCUGUGAAAGUCAGAUGGGCGUUCCACUCCAAGGCAAGAGAUCUCAAAGAGAUCUUCACUCUGUGUGCCAGCAGUUCUAUGGAAUAAGAGAUGAUAAUUGCUUAAUAGAAAAAAUUAUGAAGAUAUAGCAUAGGUGGUAUCUGACAACCAACAGAUUAGCAAAAAUGUCAAAAUCAAUAAAAGGUAACUGUUGGAAGUGUAAAACAACAGAAGGAACAUUCUACCACAUGUGAUGGCCAUGCAGCAUAAUUUAAAAUUAUUGGGAAAUGAUUUUAAAAAACCUUUUGUUAAAAACCCAGAAGCACUACUGCUGGGGUUAAUAACAACAGAAGUUUGCAAUAAAGAAAGUUGUUUCUGUAUGCCACAACGGAUACUAUUUACAGAAUAUAUGGGAAAGUAUUAUAAGCAAACAUUUUACCUAGCAGGAUGGUAAAAUUUUCAACAGAGUAAGAAAUAAUUAAAGAAUAUAAAAGUGGUUGUGAUAGACGGGGUAAACUAAAGAAACACGAGGAAAAGAGGGGUUAAAAGAACCAUGGAAAGAGAAGAUAGGAAGUCAAUGAAUGUUUUCUUAUUUUUUUGUCGAUUAUUUAAAUUCUUUGAAAGGAACUAUAUUUCUUUUUUUGUAUCAUUUUUGUUUAUGCUUUGUUGAUGUGGAAUGUUAUCAGAAAAGCAAAUAAAUAAAAUAUUUUUUAAGAGGUGGCAGUUGCAAAUAUGGGAUGUAUCAAGAGUUCCUAUACUCCAGAUGUUGGAUUCCAGUUUGCAUCAGCCUCAACCAGCAUGGUUAAUGAUUAGGGAUGAUGUGAAUUAUGAUCCAGCAACAUCUGGAGAAUGCCACAUUGAUUGCCCCUGAGCUACAUGAAGGACACCUGGCAUUAGGGGUUCAUCCACAUUUGAGCCUAAUCUCAUGUGGAAUCCAUGUUUCCUCUGUUUGAAUCCAUGUUUCCUACACACACAUGCACAUUUGCAGUUGGAAUUGAAGAAAAAAUCCACUCGUUCCCAUUAGUACCAGCCGGCAUUUCCUUUUGUCUUUGUCCUGUCUUCCAACUUGUUUUUUUUUAGAAUGUGUUCAUUUUUCACAAACAGGGCAUACAUGCAGGAAUCAGCUAAGACGUCAACUGGGUUCCUUUACGAGUUGGGGGGGCGCGAAAGGUGCCCGCCAAGUCCCAUGGUCACAGGCUUCAUCCGCCUGUGAUUUUUCAAAGGGUCCCCUGUUAAGAUAGAUUUAUUGCUUUACUCUUAUCGUCCAGCACACUUCCCUGCACUCCUCUGCAGGUUGUAAAGCAAUUAGCAGAAUUGCACAGCGUCCGUGUCGGAAGGGCAGUAAAGGACGUCCCACACGUUUCUUCUUUUCUAGUAGCACUUUAUUUGCUCAAAAAUAGCAUAUUUACAGUUCAUAUACACCAUCUGAUUCCAGUUGCAUUUUGCGACUCUCUCUCAGCUUGCAGCUGCGUAGCAAAGCUGCUUUCACUUUUCACUCAGCUCACAGCAUUCCAAGCUGCUUUCGUCACGUCCUGGCUUACUUCCCUUGUAAGCACCUCCUCUCAGCCUCGAGACACAGAAGGUUAACCCUUCACUACACCCAACACCCCCUCUUGUCUCGCGCCUGAGGGGAGAAUCGACCCUUGCUCGUCCCAAACCCAGACCUUCACAAAACUCCCCAUGUCUUUGGAAGGUGAGUGGCUUCGUGAACCCAUCAGCUAGGUUCUUGGCAGAGGGACAGUAUUUCAGUGCAACUAAUCCCUCCUGAACACUCUGGCACACAUUCCGAAAGCGAAUGUCUAGGUGUUUCGUUCUGGCCUUGAACUGACCUGACUCUGCCAAACGCAGGCAUGGUUGAUUGUCCUCGAAAACACGUAUCGGCAGACAAUCCACUUCGCAGAGUUCCUGCACCAAGCAAGCAUAGAACUCUACUUCUCUGCACAUCUCUGAAAGAGCACUAAACUCAGCCUCAGUGGAUGAGAGCGCUAUCAGACUUUGCUUCUUGGACCUCCAUCCAACUACUGAGUUCCCAAACUUCACCACUAGGCCAGACACAGACUUGCGAUCCUCAAGAUUAGCCCAAUCCGAGUCCACAAAGCAAGUCAGUUUGACUUCUCCUUGUGCUGGCAACCUAAGACAAAAGUCUUUGGUCUCCUGCAAAUACCUCAGAACUCUCUUGAUGCCAUUCCAGGCUUGCACACUAGGGUUUGAUGCUUCCCUGCUGAGCAGAUUGACAGCAAACGCUAUAUCAGGUCUGCUCCACUGGGACAAGUACAACAAACUCCCUAGAGCUGACUGAAACACUUCAGUAUUUUCGAACGCAGCGCGUUCUACUUGCUGGCUGUCCUUCACAAAACUAGUCUCCAUAGGACUUCUCACUCCUGCACAAUCACUCAUCCUCAUUUUCUGAAGCAGUUGCUCAAUUUUACCUCUCUGGCUGAGCAAAAAACUUCCAUCCUGUGCACGCUCAACAUUGACACCUAGAUAGGUUUUGACAGCACCAAGCUGUUUAAGCUUGAAACGUUUACCUAGCUCUUUGGCAAACUUCUCCGCCUGUUCAUCUGUUUCUGAGACGAAAAGCACGUCAUCAACCCAAAUCAUCACCAGCUCCUGUGAGUCUCCUGAUCCUCUAAGGAACAGGCAACUAUCAGCAAGGCUCUUCCUGAAACCUAGCUUCUCCAAAGCUUCAUUCAGGCACAUGUUCCAGUUUCUAGCAGAUUGAUGUAAUCCAUAGAUGGAUUUGUGCAAUCUCCACACAAUAUCCUGCCUUGAGUUCUCAAACCCCGGAGGAGGAAUCAUGUACAGCUCCUCCUGGAGAUCUGAGUUAAGGUAGGCAACAUCCACAUCAAAGUGGUUUACCUUCCAGCCUCUCUGUGCCGCACAAGCUAAAAGCGUUCUCAGAGUCACCGCUCGUGAUGUUGGCGAAUACACCUCCGUGAAGUGUAUUCCCUUCCUCUGAGUAAACCCUCGAGCAACUAACCUGGCUUUAUACUGCGGCUCUCCAGCGUCAGUGGGUUUCAAGCGGUAAACCCAUCUGGAACUCACAGCUUGCUUUCCCGGUGGCAACUCUGUGAGUGAGAACACACCUAGAUCUUUCAUGGACUUCAUCUCUUUGUCCAUUGCCCUGUGCCACUUGCCUGCUUCUUCCUCAGGUAAACUCUGAAUAUCCUCGAAGGAUUCAGGUUCACAACUUGCAGAACCUACCCAGACGCCUGAAGCGUCGUACCGAUCAGGAGGUCUCCUUGUCCUCGCUGAUCUCCUCAGUGUGACUCCUGGUGACCCUGCUGCUUCAUUGGGUCCAGCUAAAUCAUCCUCAACUUCAGUGUCUUCCCCCUCUGACCUGCUGCGCCUCUUGGGCCUUACAGCUGGUCCAGCAGGUGAAGAAGGUUCACUCUUUGGCUUAAACUUGACACUUGCCUGAGGAGGUGUUCUAGGUUCCCCCCUCUGAGGGAUCCUGAGCUGUCCCUGCCUUGGACUCUGUUGCUCUGGACCGUGGUCCCCAGCUCCAAGUUCCUCCUCCUCCUCGUCUGAGUCAUAGAACUGCUGUGGAAGCACGUCUGGAUUAGCGUGCAGACGCUUCCAACCAGCUUGCUCACAGAACUCAGCGCUAUUGCUGAUAACCAACCUAGACUGGUCUCCACUUGGGUAUGCAAACCUCCAGGCCUUUGAGCCAGGCUCAUACCCUACAAAGAUCAUCCUUUUAGACCUUGGCUCACCUUUCUUGCGUAGAGCCUUUGGAAUAAGCACCCAAGCCUCACAACCAAACACACAAAGGUAGUGUACGUUAGGCUUCCUUCCAUGAAGUACGAAAUACGGUGUAUUUCCUACACUAGAGUUGUACACUCUGUUCUCGGUAUGGACCACAUAUCUCCAGGCCUCCGACCAAAACUUCUGGGGUAGCCCUGCGUCCCACAAGAUCGCAGACACAGCUUCCUGCACCGUCCUGUUCUUUCUCUCUGCGACCCCAUUCUGUUGCGGAGAGUAAGGAGCGGUCAGUCUGUGGCUAAUCCCCUUCUCCCUAAAGAAAUCCUGUAAAGCAGAACCAGUGAAUUCAGCACCUCUGUCACUUUGAAAACCACGAACUUAGGUGGAAAAGGUUACCUCAACUGCGGUGAUCCAAUCCCUGAUCAUUUUAGCCGCCUCCCCUUUCGUUUUCAGAGAGAACGUCCAAGCAGACCUCGAAAAAUCAUCAAUCAAAAGCAAAGAAUACUUCGAACCUCCCAGUGACUCAACAGACAUGGGUCCACACAAAUCUGCAUGACUUAAUUCAAAGGGUUGUGUGGUCUGCCUCUCUGACUUUGGAUAUGAGCAUGUCACAACUUUCGCCUGUUUACAUGCAUUGCAAUCUAGAAAUUUGUCACAAACAUUAAAUUUGCACCCUUGUGUCAGCUCUGGUGCUUUCUGGAGAAAUCUCCAAUUUAAAUGAGCGAAGCGUCUGUGCCAAAUAUGUGAACAACCAUUGUGGGGCGCUACAUUCACACAUUGGCCCUUCGCAUCUUCGGUGUCAUUCUCUCCUGUGGAAAAAGGCACAUUUACAGCAAACAAAUUAUCUUUAGACUGCACUGUGUACACGUGUUUCCCAUCCUUGGAAAAUUCACAUUUGUCACCUGAAAAAGAAAUUUGAAAAUUAUCAAUCAAUAGAUCAUGCACACUUAACAAACAGUUAGUUAAACCGGGCACUGCAUAAGCUUUGACUUCAUGCUUAAGGAAAGGACAGAAGAACAGUCCUGUCUCUGUGAGCCUUUUUCUGCUCCCAUCUGCAAACUUAACAAACUUCUCAGUUUUUACUGUCCUGCAAUUCCUCAAAAGAUCAGGAGAUGGCACUAACGAAUUUGAGGCACCAGAGUCUAUGAUUAUAGUGAGAAAGUCUUGUUGUUUACAUUCCUGGGUCGCCAGGGCAACAAUCUCCUCACUACCCCCCUCCUUGGGGCUUCUGCAGAUGUCCUCUCUGGUUGUCACGGCAACAGACUCCCCCCGGCAGGAAGACUUGCCCACGACCUUGACAGCUUCCGUAGAUGCAACUCUCUCAGUUGCCAUGGAGACUGGACUUGUCUCGGUGUUCCCACACAACUCUGAAGCUCUUAUCUCUACUUGGUGCAGGUGGCUGACCUUGAAGCCUCUAGCCCUUUUCAGCUUCCCAGGCUCCGACUCACGACGUAAACAACUCUUGGCAGCUUUUGGAGAAAGAGGCGUCUCUGAGCUUUCACUGCUCACUGCCCCCCCACAGCUCAUGGGGUCUCCAGAACGUUUUUCUGCACCCCCUCUGAAGGGUGGAGGGCUCUCAACACUUGGCCUCUCUUCACACAGACACGUUGCAGCAUCCACACAGCUCCCAGGCUCCACAAAAGCACAAGCAGCAUUGCUAGCAACAACAACAACAGUCCCUUCGCCCCCCUGUGGGGGCUCACAGCUACUCCCAGCUGUGUAUCGGCACUCAAGAAUGUGGCCGGCGCCAUCUUGCCUCUCCCUUUCAGAUGCAGCCACUUCUCGGCCCUUGCUUCCCACUCCAGCUCCACAAGCUUCUUGGAGUGCUAGCCAAGCGGCCUCUGGCUUUCUUGCACCCAGGACAACAGGCACCAGAUGAGCAUCCACACUUUCUGCCAAAAAAGCAAGCACACGCUUCUCUGCUUCAGUUUGCUCUGCAGCCCUUUGAGCCUCUGCUUUCCCAGCUGCAUUCUGUGUGGGGUGAAUUACAUUCCACAGCUGCUCCCCAACUAGCAAAAGCUCCACUUGAAAGCUCCACUGCAGCCAAUUGUGGCUAGUCAGUUUCUGACAUGGCAGCUUAAGCUCAAAGCCAUGUUCACAGGGCUGAGCCAUUGCCCUCCCUUCUGUUGGCUUUUCCAAAGGUACUCACUCAGCCAAACUGGAAACUCCGGACGUCAUGGCUCUUGGCUCCCAGCCUCCGUCAGCCUCCUCCGAUCUGCCUCUUUGAAGUCUCCGGCAGUCGAUCAAACUGACGAUCAGCAGAUAAAACUUCAAAGCCCUUUCUUACGCUUCACGUUGACCCAUAACCAUGUUAAGAUAGAUUUAUUGCUUUACUCUUAUCGUCCAGCACACUUCCCUGCACUCCUCUGCAGGUUGUAAAGCAAUUAGCAGAAUUGCACAGCGUCCGUGUCGGAAGGGCAGUAAAGGACGUCCCACACGUUUCUUCUUUUCUAGUAGCACUUUAUUUGCUCAAAAAUAGCAUAUUUACAGUUCAUAUACACCAUCUGAUUCCAGUUGCAUUUUGCGACUCUCUCUCAGCUUGCAGCUGCGUAGCAAAGCUGCUUUCACUUUUCACUCAGCUCACAGCAUUCCAAGCUGCUUUCGUCACGUCCUGGCUUACUUCCCUUGUAAGCGCCUCCUCUCAGCCUCGAGACACAGAAGGUUAACCCUUCACUACACCCAACAUCCCCACUUCGCCGUAGCGGGAAGACCCGUUUUCCGUGGAGCUAGUCCCUCCGGAUCAGAGGGUGUCCGCCAUUACCGAUGGUGCCACCCCGGAAGAUCAAUGCAGAUUUUCAAAGAAAUUGCAGCUGUCACAAUAGCACAGAGAGCACACAGCCACACAUUCCCAAUUCAUUGCAAACUUCUAUGGCAAACUUCAUUUUACCUUCAAUCCCCAAAAGAUAGGCAUUUUCAAUUCCAAAACAGGAAGAUUAUUAUAAUCAAUGGUAAAGGGGCGGGGGGAUGAAGCAGAGAGAUCUGGAUAAUUCAUUGUUUUUCAGUUCCUGAAUUGCACAAAUCUGAUUAGACUAAAAAUAAAAAUGAGAAACAAAACUGCAGCAGAGGUCAUAAAAAUAGGUGCCACUGCUACCCACACAGAAUUGGUGUUAUGGGAAGGUAGGGUGUGUGGAAAGGGGAGUAGCCAAAAAGGAUACUUCAUACCACUGGGGGGGGGGGAGUGAGAUGAUGUGUCUUUUGUCUUGAAUGAAGUUGUAUUUUUUAGUUUUAUUUGGAUUAUCCUUGGAUUUGUGAAAUCUGAAUUUACAGGGAGGAACAUGCAGAAUAGGAGCUGUUUGAGAGGGACUACAUGUUCAGACAUGGGUGGUGCUGUGGUCUAAACCACUAAGCCUAGGGCUUGCUGAUCGGAAGGUUGGCGGUUCGAAUCCCCGCGACAGAGUGAGCUCCUGUUGUUCGGUCCCAGCUCUUGCCAACCUAGAAGUUCGAAAGCAUGUCAAAGUGCAAGUAGAUAAAUAGGUACCACUCUGGCGGGAAGGUAAACAGCAUUUCCGUGUGCUGCUCUGGUUUCGCCAGAAGCGACUUAGUCAUGCUGGCCACAUGACUCAGAAAAACUGUCUGCGGACAAACAUCAGCUCCCUCAGCCAGUAAAGCGAGAUGAGCGGCGCAACCCCAGAGUCCUUCACAACUGGACUUAACUGUCAGGGGUCCUUUACCUUUUACAUGUGGAAAAUGUUGCCUAAAUAUGGACACAUGAAAUCCAGGUAUAAAUGACCCCCAGUAUGUAAUGGAAAUACUACCUUACUUUCCUCAACAGGCCACCUUCCCAGAUAUGGUGUAUUUCAGCUCAGUUGUUGACCUCUUGUUCAUCUUUGGAGAAGGCUUAGGAACAGGUAAGUGCUCAGAUGAUGUUCUGUGCUCUUUAGAUGAUGCAAAAGAUAUGAAUACAAUAGAUACUCCCCCCAAAAGGUGAAAAGAUGGUAUUCAAUUUCUCAAUCAUUUAUCUCUACUUAGGUCCUAUUCCAACUGUAAUUGUGAUGGAGUUGUUUCUUCAGUCAUCUCGGUCAUCAGCCCUUGUGAUCGCAGGAAUAGUGCAUUGGUUAACGAGCUAUCUUGCAGACAUGACAACCAUUUAUGCGGAGGUGAGUGAUUUUGAAUGUCAGUUUGAUAAAGAGCACAUCUUUUCAGUCACUAAACUAAGCUCAACCCCUUCCCACACCAUUAUUGUCCCCCUCCAAACCCACAAGUGAAGCCAUGUCCUUAGAAUGAUUUUGAUUUAUCCACCAUUAUUCCUUCCCCUUCCCCAACCCAGUCAGUGUGUUUUGUUAAAGCUGAAUGUUAGAUUGUUUCAGAAAUAUACAGCAUACAUUUGUCACCUGGGUUCGGUGUAGUGAUGGGGAAACCUUGCCCUUCCAGAUGUUGAUGGGUUGUAAAUUCUAACAUCUCUGCAUGAUGGCCAUCCUUGCUAGGGCUUAUGGGAGUUGGAACCCUCCAGCUUCUAGGUGGCCACGCCUUCUACAUUUAGUAGGUAGGCUUGGGGUUCAAAUGCCCAGUUGGUUAUGAAGCCCAUGAGCAACCCAUGUCUUUGGGCAAAUCACUCUUGCUCUCAGGUGAUAACCCACAUCUCACUGACAGAGCACAUGGUUUGCAUGCAGAAGGUCCCAGAAUGAACGCCUGACACCUCCACAGAAGCCCUCAAAAGACCUCUGUCUGAGAAGAUGUAGAGCUGCUGCUGGGCAACAUAGACAAUAGCAAGUUAGAUGGACAAGUAGCCUGUCUCUGUAGAAGGCAGUGUUAUGUGUUCAUAACUGUGAUUGGUUUUGUCUCGCCACAAGGAAGUGAGACACCAGUCAUUAUUCCUUACAACAGAGGAAUGGUGGCAGCAACGGCUGUAGCAUGCACAGCUUGGAGACCGGAUCUGGCCCCACACACACACACACCAUACCACCUCUACACUGGUGAAAAGGAGGUGCUGCUGGUUUCCUGAUGUAGAUCAUUAUUUCACCACCACCCUGUUCCUCAUACAGAUCUCACCCCUUCUUCCCCAGUGGGAUGUGCAUGCUGUUCUGUGGUUCGCCUCAGGUGCCGAAAUGUCAUGGGCCAGCCCUGGUCAUAAGGGUAGUGGUCACUCAAUAAUUAGCAAGCAGCACAACAGUAGGGAGGACUCUGCAUAGUCUCCUCCCCCACCUCCAAGACCAAUACAGUUGUACCUUGGGUUACAUACGCUUCAGGUUAUAGACUCUGCUAACCCAGAAAUAGUACCUCGGGUUAAGAACUUUGCUUCAGGAUGAGAACAGAAAUUGCAUGGCAGCGGCACAGCAGCAGCAGGAGGCCCCAUUAGCUAACGUGGUGCUUCAGGUUAAGAACAGUUUCAGGUUAAGAAUGGACCUCCGGAACGAAUUAAGUACGUAACCAGAGGUACCACUGUAGUACCUUCCAAGGCAAGAAAUACUUAGCUAGGUUUUUGGGUAGACUGGCAAGGCUCUGGGACAAGUGGUAGCAGCAGGAAGAAGCCAACCCUCAAUGUGCAAGACAACAUGAAGCAAAACUGAGACAGGCCAACAUGGGGCAGAAAUGCCAGGAGCUGGUUCACAAUCUACCCCUCAUCCUGAACUGCCAUCUGGAACAAAUAUGGCAGCAAGGGUAAGAGGAUGACUGGUCUUGAUCUCCUUGUGGGAGAAAGUCAAGGAGAAUAUUUGUACAACAGGCAAAUAAAAAGAUUCUGAUUCUUUCCUCCCCUCUCCUUUUCUUUCAUCUCUAGGCAUAUGUUGGAGCCUUCAUUUUCCUUCUUUUCUGGCCUAUCUCUGUAGCCACAAUUUUUUAUAUCUUCCGGUAUGUCCCAGAAACGAAAAACAGGACCUUUGUGGGUAUCAGGAGACGCACAGCAUUGAAAAAGGCCGUGAAGAUCCACAUCCAGAAGCAGGCGGAAAAGUAAAAACUCAGGAAGCACCCCUUUCGGCAGA